GUGAGCAGAAAGUGUGAGUGAGAGUGGAGGGGCGGGGUAUGUGUGUGAGUGUGUGAAGUGUGAGCAGACCUGAUGGGACUUGCACGGGCGCAGCCGCCGCUUGGGCCCGGCCCUGGGGACAGGGCGGGCUGGGGGCGCCCCAGAGCCCGUGGGGAGUACAGGCCCGAGGUGCAGGCAAGAGGGCGGCCCAGCAGGGUACCCUCCACCCGGAGGCCUGCAACGCUACCUGAACCCGCUGCUGGAGCCAAACAACUGGGCGGGGGGGUGGACGGGGGGGUCAGGAGUGGAGAUCCGAGUGAAUAAGAAAAAAGUGGCUACUCCCCCUCCCUCGCUCCUCCCGCCUGCCCCCACCCCACCCCCACCCCAACACAUUUUUUUUUUCUAAAGAGAUCACAAGGAAGUCUUGGUUUAAAAAGAAACAGAAACAUACACAGGGGGGUUGGUGAAUGGUGCCGACCGCGGCCAUCGCAGUUGGAGGCUAUUUGGGGGGGUGGGUGAGAGGCGUCCAUGGAGUUACUUUGCGCCCACUCCUAGCGUCAAGGGCUUAGGUCCAGCGGGCUGACCGUCCCCGGCCAGGGUGCGGUGCCGGGGACCCCACGGCCCCGGCCGCCUCCUUCGCCACGACCCCGGAUGGAUGCGCGCCCCCCGCCCGCCCGCGCCGGCCCCAGGAGCUCCGGGUUUCAGGAGCAUCCUUCCCACGCCGGCCCCAGCCGCGGCGCGUAACCGUGGGUAGCGCCCCUCGGAAGGGCACCGCGGAGCAAGGGCAGACGUUGCUUUGGGAGAGGUUAGGAGAGCCAGCAGAGAGGAAAAACGAGAGGCCAAGAUCAAGUCUUGGCACCCCCAUCCCCCACCUGCACGUGUAGCCCUGGAUUUCAGCUUUGAUGGAAGAGAAGAGGCGAAAGUACUCCAUCAGCAGCGACAACUCUGAUACCACUGACAGUCACGCUACAUCUGCAUCAAGAUGCUCCAAACUGCCCAGCAGCACCAAAUCGGGCUGGCCCCGACAGAACGAAAAGAAGCCCUCCGAGGUUUUCCGGACAGACUUGAUCACAGCCAUGAAGAUCCCAGACUCAUACCAGCUCAGCCCAGAUGACUACUAUAUCUUGGCAGACCCAUGGCGACAAGAAUGGGAGAAAGGUGUGCAGGUGCCCGCCGGGGCAGAGGCCAUUCCAGAGCCUGUGGUGAGGAUUCUUCCGCCGUUGGAAGGCCCCCCUACCCAGGUUUCCCCUAGUGGCUCUGAACUUGGUGAGGGCUCCCAGCCUGAUUGGCCAGGGGGCAGCCGCUAUGACUUGGACGAGAUUGAUGCCUACUGGCUGGAACUCAUCAACUCGGAGCUCAAGGAGAUGGAGAAGCCGGAGCUGGACGAACUGACGCUCGAGCGCGUGCUGGAGGAGCUGGAGACGCUGUGCCACCAGAACAUGGCGCGGGCCAUCGAGACGCAGGAGGGGCUAGGCAUCGAGUACGACGAGGAUGUCGUCUGUGACGUGUGCCGCUCUCCCGAGGGCGAAGAUGGCAACGAGAUGGUCUUCUGCGACAAAUGCAACGUCUGCGUGCACCAGGCAUGCUAUGGGAUCCUCAAGGUGCCCACGGGCAGCUGGCUGUGCCGGACAUGUGCUCUGGGUGUCCAGCCGAAGUGCCUGCUCUGCCCGAAGCGAGGAGGAGCCUUGAAGCCCACUAGAAGUGGGACCAAGUGGGUGCACGUCAGCUGUGCCCUGUGGAUUCCUGAGGUCAGCAUCGGGUGCCCUGAGAAGAUGGAGCCCAUCACCAAGAUCUCGCAUAUCCCAGCCAGCCGCUGGGCUCUGUCCUGCAGCCUCUGCAAGGAGUGCACGGGCACGUGCAUCCAGUGUUCCAUGCCUUCCUGCGUCACAGCAUUCCACGUCACAUGCGCCUUUGACCACAGCCUGGAAAUGAGGACUAUUUUAGCAGACAACGAUGAGGUCAAGUUCAAGUCGUUCUGCCAGGAGCACAGUGAUGGGGGCCCACGGGGUGAAGCUCCGUCCGAGCCUGUGGAGCCCAGCCCAGCUAGCGAGGACUUGGAAAAGGUGACCCUUCGCAAGCAGCGGCUGCAACAGCUGGAGGAAGACUUCUAUGAGCUGGUAGAGCCAGCCGAGGUGGCCGAGCGCCUGGACCUGGCCGAGGCACUGGUCGACUUCAUCUACCAGUACUGGAAGCUGAAGAGGAAAGCCAACUCCAACCAGCCGCUGCUGACGCCCAAGACAGACGAGGUGGACAACCUGGCCCAGCAGGAGCAGGACGUACUCUACCGCCGACUGAAGCUCUUCACGCACCUGCGGCAGGACCUGGAGAGAGUUAGAAAUCUGUGCUACAUGGUGACAAGGCGCGAGAGAACGAAACAUGCCAUCUGCAAGCUCCAGGAGCAGAUAUUCCACCUGCAGAUGAAACUUAUCGAACAGGAUCUGUGUCGAGAGCGGUCUGGGAGGAAAACAAAGGGCAAGAAGAGCGACUCAAAAAGAAAAGGCCGCGAGGGCCCCAAGGGCAGCCCCGAGAAGAAAGAGAAAGUGAAGGCAGGGUCCGACUCAGUCCUGGGGCAGCUUGGCCUGUCUACCUCGUUCCCCAUCGACGGCACCUUCUUCAACAGCUGGCUGGCGCAGUCAGUGCAGAUCACUGCAGAGAACAUGGCCAUGAGUGAGUGGUCGCUCAACAAUGGGCACCGCGAAGACCCCGCCCCGGGGUUGCUGUCUGAGGAGCUGCUGCAGGACGAGGAGACACUGCUGAGCUUCAUGCGGGAGCCCUCGCUGCGGCCUGGCGACCCUGCCAGGAAGGCCCGCGGCCGCACCCGCCUGCCUGCUAAGAAGAAACCACCACAGGACGGGCCCGGUUCACGGACGACUCCAGACAAACCCCCCAAGAAGCCCUGGGGCCAGGAUACUGGCAGCAGCAAAGGGGGUCAGGGGCCACCUGCCAGGAAGCCACCACGGCGAACACCUUCUCACCUGCCGUCCAGCCCUACAGCUGGGGACUGUCCCAUCCCAGCAGCUCCCGAGAGCCCCCCACCACUGGCCCCCGAGACCCCAGAGGAGGCAGCCCCAGUGGCUGCCGACUCUAAUGUCCAAGUGCCUGGCCCUACAGCGAGCCCCAAGCCCUCAGGCCGGCUCCGGCUGCCCCGUGAGAGCAAGGGAACCCGGAGAUCGCCAGGUGCCAGGCCUGAUGCCGGGACGGGACCGCCUUCUGCUGUGGCCGAGAGGCCAAAGGUCAGCCUUCACUUUGACACUGAAACUGAUGGCUACUUCUCUGAUGGGGAGAUGAGCGACUCAGAUGUGGAGGCUGAGGACAGCGGGGUGCAGCCGGGUCCCCGGGAAGCAGGGGCUGAGGAGGUGGUCCGCAUGGGGGUCCUGGCCUCCUAAGUCACCCCUUCCCCUGUCCUGAUCCCCCCAUGAGGCCUCAGCCCCGUGACAACUGCCAUUUCCAAUCUCUGCUGAGUGUCUCAGACUCUUGAGGCUGCCACUCUGAUGUGGUUUUAUUUUUAAUAUAAAAAGUGUUGCGAAUUCCACACUAUUGUCUUUCCUCUGUGCUGGCCUAGGACAUUAGGAUUCCUUCCACGGCUCUGGCCACAAGGACCAGCCCUGGUCCUGUGACCAUCACGGCCGUGGCAGCGUCCCCGCCUGGGCCGCACAGUACUGCUGGGCUCCUGGCUACAUGUAGGCAAAGUGAUGAAGAGCUCAGGAUUCCUGCCCGCUGCCACUGGGUGACACAGACUGUCGUUUGGGCAUUAUUAUGGCAGAUGGGCCAGCCCAGGGCCUGCCCCGCCUUGCUCCCAGAUCCCACUGGGGUCCAUCGGCGGGGGGUCCUGCUGCACUUCACUGAUCCCCAAGGAAGUAUAAUAAGUGAUACCCAGCCAGAGUCUACUCACUGUCACAAGCACAAUGAGCUUAUACGAGAAAGCACUGAGGGGGCGAAGAGGGCCUGCUGGUUCCAAGGGAUCCACAGCUGUUCCUGGUCAACCCACAUCAUCUGAGGCCUGCCUGCCCACCCUGCGACCCUCCCCUCCCCUGCUGCUCUGCCCCUGCCGCGCCCAGCCCGGCGGCUCUGGGAAGGGCUUCCCAGAGUCCUUCCUGAGCUGUGCCAUUUUCUCAGGGGACUCCCAGCCAGCCAGCCGCCAGUACCGGCGGAGGGCUGCGAGGGAGGGCCAGUGCCCAGUCAGGGGCGUGGGGCUCAGCCUCGCCCACUACAGAGAAUCGCUCUGGGACUCCAACUUCCUUCCUUCCUUCCUUCGGGGCCAGUCUCGGCCAAGGUCUGAUCACUCCCAGACAGCUGGCCAGACCAGACCGUUUGCCUUUUCAAGUUUCCUGCUAAGUGAUGAGCUUCUUCCUCGGUUUCCUUUUGGAAACUCCUCCUUCCAACAAGCAGUGGGAUCCCGGGGCCCGGGAUGGGUUAGUGAUGGCCUUCCGGGGCUGUCUGAAGUCUUGCUGGAUCUUCCUGGUUCCUCUUCCCCUCUGAGCCUUAACCCCCUUUCCCAGCUGUGCCCUUCCAGCCCCUCCCUCCCCACCGUCACCGUCCUGCCUUCUCCGCUCCACCCUCUAAGUCCCAGGUAGUAGUAGCUCUGAAGAGUUUCAGUGGAGUGGCCCCAGGGUGAUAGCUCAGGGAACAAAUGAAAAACAAAAAGGAAUUCAGUGAAAACGUGUUUUUUUUCUUUUAUGACUUACUCCUGGGUCACUUCUGCCACUGGUAAAGCCAGAACUUCUCCAACAAGAACCUUGCAAAAGUCCAGUGAAUCAGUCGAAUCAUUCUGUGGAUGCCAAAGAAUAUUUUGACCAUAAUACAGCACAGCCAGGACCUGACAACUUGUCACUUGGACUUUUUUUAAAAAUGGAGUUCUUUAGCAACCAAGUGUAGAAACAUGUUUGUUGCACACACCUAAGGAGGUGAGCCCAAGCUCUCGGACAAGGAUGCUGUUCUGCUGCUGCUGGUGUUGGAUUUUGGAUUCUGGGCCCACUGUGAGCUCUCCUGAACCCUAAAACUCCACACGAGGAGACUGACGGUGAAACCAGCGUGGCAAAAGUCUCACCAUGGGGAUCCCCCUCUCAUAACACAAAGCGCAAAUCGGUGGGAUGGGGAGCAGGCUGAGCACCCAUCCCCGACUCCAGACUUUUAAGGUACGACAGUGGCAUGGUCAUGGACACUCAGUUUCGGUGAAUUUUAUCAAAACAGGAAACAAAGAUAAUGACUAAGUUUAAAGGGCUGGACAGAUGUAUCCAGUCGGAGCAGACUCAGAGUGGGCUUCAAGGACUUGGGGCGUUGGGAUGGCAUGAGCUACUGUGUAGAGUUUAGUCUGCCUGGCGCCUUGGUAGUAGUGGCCAGUGCAGUGUCAGCAGCAGCGUCCUAACCCCAUUCUCUGUUUACUGCCUUUGAACAGAUCUUCUUCCUUCCCCGUGCUUCGGGUCACCUCGGGUCACAACUUUGUCUGUGCUGGAUUGCCUGGUCUGACCUCACAGGAAGCAAAGGGACCAGCUUUAAAGAACAACCAAACUCUGCCGGGAGGUGGGGUGCUCAGGUCCGGUAGACUCGGCACUAGCCUGCUUAUCCUUCAUCCAUCCUGAGGCAGGGUCUGGGCGCUCUGGGGGCGAGGUAGGGCAGAGAACCAGGGCAGGAAGGUGGUAGGUCUGGUCAGGGUCUGGACUGGGUGGGCCAGGCCAGGAGCCCGGCACUCCUUCAGAGGGCCUCUACUCAAGUUGGCCUCUAGAUUUCAACCCACUUAUCAAUUGGCUCUUGGCUUUGAGCUGAAUUAUCCCUGGGGCCCCGUGUCCUGCACGGAGUCCGGGUGUCUCUAAGGCUGGCUGCCCAGGGCCUUCCAGGCCAGACCCAAGAGCUUUGUCUGCCAGCCAGCUGUCCACUACUGGGACGUCCGCCAGGCUGCAAAGAAGACAAGGACACUGGCUCUCACCGCUGGCCUUCCUGCCGUCAGCGCAGCCCCUUCACUCUGUUCCCAGCUUCCCAGCCACCAUUCAGGCGGCUUUGCUGCCUUUGAGGUCAGGAUGGGAAGCUGGGGAGGGGACAGGAGGCCUUUUCCAGCCUAGAGGCUGAGGUGUGUCUUUCACGCGACCGUAUCUGCCCACACUCAGUGGAAUGACAAGCUGCUCUGGAAGUUAGCCUGGCGGUCUUUGCCACUCUCCUGGUCCCUGCUGCCCACCUCCUUCCCCCUUCUCACAGUGAGAAAGGAUAAUGUGCAAGGAAAGUAUUUUUAUGGAUCAUAAAUGUAUUUUAGAACAAACACGGAGAAGAAAGGUUAGAAGGGUUUAUUUUAUUAAAUGAGCUCUGACUUGGUGACAGUGUGUGAACAUUUGCAGUGUGAAGGUCUCAGGUUCCUUGGAGAAGCCACCCAGGUUUCCAAACGUGGGUGUUGGGCUGUGGAUGUGUGAGUGUGUGCCAGGGCACGUCUUGUGUGUCCAUGUGCAUGUGUGUCUGUGUGUCACGUAUGGACACACAGUGGGACUUGCCAGGGCAGUUUCUAGAGAAUCACAUGCCCAGUUCUGGCAGACAUUGGCAGCACCUGGACUUGGCAUUCCUUGCUUACUGCCAGAUGUGGCCAACCUCUGCCCAUACCCCAAGCUCUGCAGAAUGGUCUGGGUGCCUGUAACAAGGCCCUUGGGGAGGCCACUUCCCAUGGCCCUGGCCCAGCUGGCCACAUUGGCCAAAGAGCCAGGGCUGGAGUCCAGGACCUUUGGUUGUUCUUUAAGGCACUUCCUGCCACCUUGUCCCUCAGACGCACAACACUCUGUGCUCCACAUCGGCUCGGGGUGGGGGGAUGAUAUGAAUGUCACAGGAGGAGACACCUUCUGUCUUUGUUUCAAAGAAAGUUGAUGUGCCAUUUGUUAAUAUACAAGAGAAAUAUUGAAAAUAUAUUGAAAAGAGCAAUUUUAAAUUAUUUUUGGCUUAUGUUGCAAUAUUUAUUUUCUUGUAUUAGGAAAGAUUCCUUUGUAGAAAAAAAAAUGUAUUUUUCAUUAACGCAAAAACCUAUUUCUCCUUUUUGUACAUUGUCCAUGUUCGCUGCCCUUAAUGAGCAAUAGAAUGUAUGGCUGCCUCGGGGUGGCCGGUGCCCGCGUGCCCUGCAUGAUUCUGUGGUCCCACCACCGUGUAGCUCCCAGUCCCAUCCUGUCCUGCUCACUCAUGGGGGUUUCCAGAGCCUAGCCCUCACUGGAGCCUGUGGCUUCAGGACCCCUUCUGCAAUCCUCGUGUGUUGGCAAACGCAGUUAAUAAAGCAGUGUUUUCUGUG